AUGUCUCCCGCAGAAUCCAUAACUAUUCUCUGUGCUCCCUAUCACCUUGGUAUCGAAGAUGUUGCCGUCGGUGCUGGACCAAAAGCGCUCCUCCAUGCCGGCUUCGUCGACGCAAUUCGAAACCUCGGCGUGACUGUCAACGUGCACGAGAUCGAUCCUAUCGAUGACUUUGACGGUGAUAUCAGUCGGCUCUUCGAGGUUUUGCGUCGCACUUCCCUAGGUGUAGCCAAUAUCGCUCGCUCGGGUGAGUUCCCUAUCAUUUUGGCUGGUAACUGUUCCACCACUGUCGGUGUUCAAGCCGGUUUAACAGCUGCGCUUGGGGAAAUACCUUCUUGUAUCUGGUUCGACGCCCACGACGACUUCAACACGCCUGAUGUUCUUAAGAGUGGAUAUCUUGACUCAAUGCCUGUUGCCAUGAUGGCAGGUCUGUGCUGGAAAACCCUCUUGACUAGCAUCAAGGGAUUCGAGGCCAUGGAUCUCAAGCAAAACCUUGUGCACUGCGGCAUGCGAGAUGUGACAGACCUUGAGCGCUCUCGAGUCGAGGAGGCUGGAUUCCCCGUCAUUUGGGGAGAUUUAGAUCAUCAUGUUGACUUUGAGAGUGAGCUUGGCAAGGUCCUUGAUGAGAAGAAGUUUGAUCAGACUAUGGUGCACUUGGAUCUUGAUGCUCUCGAUAUUUCUGUCGGUAUUGUCAACAAGUUUUCUGCGCAUGGUGGAUUGCUGGAAGAUGAUCUGGAGAAAUGCUUCAAGAUGAUCCCGUCAAAGACAAAGCCGGUAUCGUUGACGAUUGCAUCAUUUGACCCUUCACAAGAUGUACAGGGAACUAUUGAACCGGUUGCUAUUAAAGGGGUCGUUGCUUUCGUUCAGGGCUUGAUUUCACAAGGGUUUCUUAAGAAGACCUCGGAUUAA